CGAGACAGGGAUUAAGGUUUUGUCUGUAACACGUCACCGUUUGCCCUUCUCUCAUUAAGGGUACGGCAGGUUGCUUUCUGCUAUACACCUUAGCCCUCAUACACACAGCGUUUUUUUUCCAUUGACACACAGUCUGGAUUUGACCUGCCUCCCUGCUCAUCUGAUCAAUCCACUUCUCCUAUGGUACACUGUACAAGAUGGCGGUAUCGGGCACAGAAAGGGACGGAAUAAAUAUUGAUGGAUUCCUGAACAACUCAUUCGGGUCAUCUGGACUAGGGUCUCCAGACCGUGAAGACUUCACACGCCUGUUGACUGUGCCUUUUAGUGGCCGAAUAAAGGGAGGCAUGAGACCAGGCAAAAAAAUUAUCGUGAUGGGGAUUGUGGACCCUGAGCCUGAAAGUUUUGACAUCAGCCUCACCUGCGGUGACACCGAUGAUUCUCGUGCUGAUGUUGCUAUCGAGCUGAGUGCCAGGUUCCCUGACAAGCAAUUCCUCAGAAAGGCGUGUGUGUCGGGAGAAUGGAGUGCGGAAGAAACGCCAAUCCCUUACUUCCCGUUCAUUCAGGACCAGCCAUUUAGGAUUGAAAUCCAUUGUGAGCACCAGCGCUUCAGAAUAUUCGUGGAUGGACACCAGCUCUUUGACUUUUUCCACCGUGUUGAGUCUCUACCGGCCAUUGACACAAUAAAGAUUAACGGGAGCCUACAGAUAACUAAACUGGGCUAGGCUGGCCAUCUCAACGAGGGGCUUCUUGGGGUCUAUGCUAGUGGGGGAGUUGUUCUUCAAACACUACAGUCUUACAGCUGGGUCUGUUUACACACUGACAAUGUCUUUUUUUUCAGUGAGCUUUGUCAGGUGAAUGAACCUGCUAUUUGACUUUAACAAAUAUAGUGAGAGGACAAUUUGCCACUAAAUAGCAUGUGGAUUCUUGGUGGUGAUUUAAACAAACUAUUGUUUGGUCUGUCUUAAGGAAGACUCUAAAAAAUACAGUCCUUCUUUUUAUAGGGAUGUCACAAUAUAACUUUUGCAGUAACAGCAAAUACGUAUCACAGAGAUGAUUAUAUUAUGAUGACAGAUAUGACUAAAUUCUAAAAUAAAAAAAUACAUUUUUUCUAUUCAUGAAAAUAGGCUCUCAGGAAAAGAAGUGAUAUGUAUUUGUCUACAGUGUAUUUAAUAAUAUUAUGGUAAGUUGCUACCUGACAAGCUGUUUUGAAAUCGGGGCGUAGUUUUGCAUGACAAAUAAAUUAUAUUAUCCUUAGCCUAAUUAAUAAAAAUGAAUUUGCAGUGCGAUUAAUUAUAAUAUAUUGUGAUGUCUCUAAUUAAAAUAUAGCAACUUAUUUUUAUCCACUAAUUUGUGAGAAUGUUAACAAGUGCUAAUAAUGUCAAAAUGAAGUGUUCUCUUUUUGCAGACAUGUUUUUUUUUGUCAGUAUUUUUAUGCACUGAAAUAAAAUCGCACAACAAUAAGAAUAAUAUAUGCUAACCAGGGGGAUGUCCAGAAUGAAAAUGUUUUGAUUGCACAGUGUAUGUCUGUCAUUUGAAUGACAUACUGUAUAUGCGCUCUCUCACAGCAAAAGUGCUUUACUUUUUAUUGUAAUAAUCUGUGAUAGUAAUAUUAAUAGGAGCAAGACCUGAACUUUUUGAAUGUAUACAUUUUUUUAGUAGAGCGGUGCAAAGAUUUCAGAUUUCAGAUUUGACUUUCCAUUUUUAGGGCCACAUUGAAAUUGUCUUUACCAAUAGAUAUUUAUAAUUAUCCACUGGGUGCUUCUCUUUGCUGACUGAAAACAAUGAGAUUAGAAUCAAUUUGAAUCCUUAAAAGGGAGUCGAUUUCAAGCACAGGGUCUGGAUUUUUUGCACCUCUCUAUGUUUUAGGCUUGUCGUUUAGCUUAUUUGUUGUUGCUAAGGGGAAUAUCAUGUGGUUGGAGAAAGUAUGUGUGUAUAGAAACAGGUUGACCUGUUGCGGCCAGUGUAUGGGAUUCUCUAUAUCACCAACGCAGCGGCCAGUCCUCAUGUUAGGAGUGUGUUUUGAACACUGGCUUUAUUACAAGCUUUAACAUUUUUAUGAGUACAUUUUCAGUUACCAUUUUGUACACCCCCCUCACUAAAAGAUACAAUGAAAAGGGGUGAAAACAUGUUAAUUGAAUGUAGUCCGUAGAUAACAUUAAUGUGAACCUGGGUUCUGAUGUAUGUGUGAAAAAGAGUUUUACCCUGAUGCUUUUAAGGCAGCAUUAAAUUCAGCUCCCAGAAUGUAGAUACAUGAUGAUUGGAAGAAUGUGUAGCCCACAGGGCCAAAUUCAGAAAUAAUUAGUAUACCUGUAUUUAUAUAUUGCAGUUGUAUGCAUUUCCCGGCUGACUAAUAAUGUUAUUAUGAAUACUAGCCCAAAUAUCAAAUCAAAACUGCACAAAAUUCUGUUUAACCACAUAUCAACAAGAAAGUGAAAAAUUAAAUGCAAAAAAACAACAAAAAACAACACAAUUUAAAAUGUAUUUUUGUGAGUUUUUUUAUGAAGCUUAUUUGAUAGAAAAGCAACAGGAUAUUUUUGAGGUCAACAGGGUAUUGUUUUUUUAUAGAUGAGAUAUGUAAGCUAAAAUUAAUUGUCCCUGAGAGGGAAUUCUUAUGCCAACAUUGAAUAUGAAUCUUGAUAAUCUGUGUUCUGCUUUUUUGUACUUGAGAAUUGGCAGUCAGUAAACAAUAAGCCCCCCCCAAAAUAGGGGUCAUAAUCAUUUCCCAGAAUUUAUUUGUGUUUGAUAAUUGGGGGGGGGGGGGGGGGGGGGGGGUCAAAUGAAAGUACUUUAAAAUUGACUAGAUGUGCUAGAUGAAUGUGCUUUUUGCUUUAGAAAUAUACAGGCUGAUAUGGUUGGGAAAGUCAUGUGAUGCAGCUGGCUGUAUAGGCUACAAUGGUAUGGAUAGACAUAAUGAUGUAAUUUAAUUGUUAAUUUUAUGUUUCAAUGUUUUUUUAAGAGCUUUGUUUACUUAUAUCAAAUGUUUGUAAAUAAUUAUUUAAAUAGCAUAGGAAAGGGGUUAUGAUCAGUUUGUAACACCCUCACGGUUUUGUAAAUGUGCACCAUGUAAAAAAUGCCUCAGUCUUAUGUGGAUCCAGAACUGGGGGUGGGUAUGGGUUGUGAUGUGCCUAAAUGUUUUGGUGGAUUUUGGGAAACAACUUUUUGUAUGUUUUUCCUAAUGCUUUGAUCAGUGGUACUCAGUUGUGGAUCCAAACCAGGACCUUCUGGUUCCAACCAGAUCUAUAAUUACUUAGUAGAACACCAAGGUUUAAAUAAACAAUUUAAGACCUCAAUGGAAAAAGGCCCUUGAGUGCUCAAUUCAGUAAUUAGUGACCUGGUUGGAAGAAGGUCCUGGAUUAGAAGAGCCACAACCGAGUACCAUUUGCCUAGAUAUUCCUUUGUAUGGCAGGACAGUUUUUCAGUGCUGCUAAUCAUUAACAUAAAGCUGUCCCUUUGAAAUACAAAUGAUAGAGGCCUAUCUCCUGAAAGAAGGACACACAAAAACAAACACGUAAUAAAAAAGUGUAUGUCACAAUGCAGGAACAGGAUGGGCUGUAAUGGGUUUGAGACGGAAGUCUAAUUGGUGUUGCACUUUUUUUAAAGGGCUAUAUUGUUUUCAUCAAUGUUGCUCUUCCAAUCCUGGUACUCCUGGCAAAUGCAUGUUCUAUCAACUUUGUACAGUAUCAACCAGCAUUACUGAGAUUAUCAUAAAGCCUGUUACAAUUACCACCUCCAGUCCUUCCACCUGGAUCCACAUUAGCUUCUACGUGUUUCUACUAAAAUAAAUGCAACUUACAGCUUGGUUUUGAAAGCUUUUUGCUCCAGGGCACAUUUUUGCCAUUUGUUUAUUCUCUGAAAGUAAAUGAACUGGAAAAGUUACAGAAACCACUAAGAACAACCUUAGGUAUUCCAUUCCAUUUUACAAUACCUGAAGAAUUUCGAAUAACAGGAAUAAAAAAGUGGUAAUUGUGAACUGGAGUAAAAAGCUUAGAAAACUUGAUAAUGUCAAACUAAUUAUAACUAGCUAAUGUAUUAGUCUUGCUGUAUAUUUUAUACCAUACUAGGAGUCUGGUUCACAAAAAUAAUGAAGUAAAUGAUGUUUUUGUAUCAUCAUUUAAAGAAAACUGUAACACUUUAAGGUAGAUGACAAUUAUAUAUUAUUUGGCAACUGCAAUGUAAUUAAUGAUAACUAUUAGGUAAUUAUUUUAGCAUUACUAAUUUACAGAGUACAUACUAUAAACAAUGGUAAUACCCAUAAUGAAUUACUGUUCUACCACAUUGUGAGUUCAUUGAUCAUUUUGAAGGGGGUAGUUAGAGUAAAUAAACACAAACAUGUACUUUUUAUAAACAAUAUAUAAAUAAUAAAGCACUGGCAUGAAUGCUAAAAUAAUUACCCAAUCAUUAAAAGUAUAAUGACCUUUAUAACUGUAGCUGACAAACAGUUAACUGUAGUAUAUAAUUACCUGUGCCCUGUAACUGGCAGCAUUACAAGAAAACACAUCCCAAAUAGACUUAUUCUUAGCUUGCAAUUUUUUUUCUCAAAACUAGCACUACUCAAGCAUAGGUAAUGGUUUUACAAAGUACAGGAAACUGUGUAAAGUGUGUUAAUCUGCUAACACAAAGCAAUGUAUUGUAUGUACAAUCAUGUUUUUACUGGCUGUGGAAGGAAGACCUGUUAUCAGAGUUCAAAAGCAGUCCCUGCCUGUUUUGGCAUUCGUGCUGUGUUCAUAUGUCUAAUGUAUGCACAGGAUAAGUAGGCUGUUAUCUAAAAAGAACAGUCAUUGAAUGACACUCUUUUAGACCAAAAAAAAUUGUCAACAACUGUCUUAUUUGAAAGUCAGAAUUUCUGUAUGAAACAAGAGCCCAUGUACUUGGUAUUAUAACAUCUUUAGUUUAAAUAAAUAUUCUUUUAGUGCUUCCAUUGCCAUUACAAUUUUGUACAUGCACUAUGAGUUCCUGGUAUUUGUUUUCCACAACUGGUGUUAAUGCAAGGUCAAAUACUGCCUAAAGCUACCAGAUGCCAGUCUGAAGUUGGCAUGCUUACAAAGUGUAUUUUAAAUGUGUUGUGUUUACUUCUGUUUUUGUUUUUGUCAGUAAAUAAUUUCCUUGUUAUCUCAUGGCAGGUAUUUUUCAAAUAAACUGGAGUUGUGAAAAGUA